AUGGGCUCUCUGCUUUCCUUACCAACCCCAACCGCCGACGCAACUACCAAACAUCGUGCUCAAAAGGUCAUAUUCAUAGGUCCAGUCAAGGUCGGCAAAACAUCACUCCUCACCCGCUUCACCCACGACUCUUUCGACGAACAUAUCCCACCCACCGAGGGCGUAGAUCUUGUGCGGGUUACCUUCCCACACACCGAAAGAUCAAGCCUGAUCUGGGACUGCUGCGGCAAGGAGCGAUACUGGUAUGCCGUCCCGGCCUUCUCCCGUGAUGCGCGGGUCGUCGUUGCAGUGUAUGAUGUGACGAGUCGGGCGUCGUUUGAUGAUGUGCUGCGCAAGAUUGAGAGCCAUGCAGGGCAGGCGCAUGUGGAUCCGACGCUGACGCGGUAUGUGCUUGUUGGGAAUAAGGUUGACUUGGAGGAGAAGAGGGACGUUGAGAGAGUGGUUAGUGAAGACGUGGCGGCCAAAAUGGGGUAUAAGUUUCUGGAAACGAGUGCAAGGAGUGGCAUGGGGAUUGGUGAGCUUCUGGAGGCUGUGGGUAUGAUUGUGGCAGGAAGAGAUGAAGAUGAUGAGAAGGUAAUCGGUCAUUGA